CAAUGGGAAAUUUAUGGCACUUUGUGAUGAUAUUUAUCACAUGUUUGAUAACUUUGCGUGUGGCAACUACCGACAGUUUGCAGCUCAACAACAUUCUCUACAUAAGUGCGGUUGCAUCUCCGAGUCACUUUCUAUGGAGUCAACAGUUAGCUAAACUGCUAGCCAACCAGGGACACAACGUAACCUUGCUGAGCAUCUACAAGGAAGGAACCGAGCAUAACCUUCACUUUCUUAAGCUUGAUGGAGUGGAGGAAGAACUGUCGAAGGACCAGGAAAUGGAUCAUCUCUCAAUGCACUCGAUGUCUGCUUUGGAGCUGUUAGCAUCUUUUGCUGACCUUGAAUAUAUGGUUUGCAAAAAUGCUCUAUCAUCUAAACAAUUGUUAAGCUUGCUUAACUAUCCCAAAAACUUUACUUUCCAUCUUGUCAUUCACGACCAUCUUGCCGGUCCGUGUUUGCUACUUCUUUUGGAGCGAUUCGAUUUCCCCCCAUUAGUGAUGGCGUCAGCUACAAAUGUUCUUUCGAGUGUGGAGCCCAUUCUCGGCUCGCCCUUGUAUCCAGGAUUCGUUCCAAGCUAUCUGCACGAUACAUCACCGACAGCGGGAUAUCGACAAAGAUUGUACAAUUUUAUGUUAACAGUGUACGAAUUGUUAUUUAAACGAUUUUACAGCAACCCACAAAUUGAUCGGCUAGUUACAAGUCGGUUUCAAAAUGUAUCUUCAGUUUCACGCCUCGAAACGAAGGCUCUUAUGGUGCUGAUGAAUUCUAUCGAUCAACUCGAUCCAACAGAACCGCACAUUUGGCGUGUAGUAAACGUUGGAGGAUUGCAUAUAACCGCUCCAAAGCCUCUCAGAGGUUUGUUCUACCAUCGUACGAAUAAAACAUACGAUAAAUGUGUUUAUAUAUCGUUUGGAAGUAAUGUAAAGAUUAAUAGCUUAACUAAUCACUUAGCUAAAAGCAUAACGGCGACAGCACGAUUGCUGCCAUAUGUAAUGUUUUUGUGGAAAGUAGACAUACCGACUAAUGAGAUCAUCCCCGAGAACAUGAUAACCUCCGAUUGGUUUCCCCAGAACGAUCUGCUGGGCAGCGGAAUGGUAGAUGUUUUCGUCACACACGGAGGACUUCUCAGUGUGCAAGAGUCAAUUUGGUACGGGAUACCUAUGCUCGGUAUUCCCAACUAUGGGGAUCAAUAUCAAAACGUUCGACGUAUGGAACGCAUGGGAAUGGCAAGGCGGCUCCUUCUUGAAGAUGUAAAUCCAGAUACAUUGCAAAGGAAUUUGCUGAACGUUCUGAAUGAUUCACGGUACAAACAGAGUACAGCAGCUAUGUCCCAAAUCAUACGUGAAAAACAAAUAACGGCUCAGAUGAAAGCCCUUUGGGUUGUAGAGUGGGUGAUAAGAAAUCACAAUAAAACAACGCACAUGCACAUGCUGGAUAAUUUAAAUGGAAUAGGAUACAUGGCAAAGUAUUCUAUUGAUGUAUUUUCUACCCUUAUAGUUUUAAUAUGUUUUGUCAUGCUAAUUUUAUAUCGAGCUGCAAAAGCGCUUGCAUGUUUCGUGCUUGAAAGAUCAAGUAGGGAAAGCAAAAACAAAAUGGAAUAA